AUGGGCAUUCCUUAUGUUGAGCGCACGAUACGCAUCAAGACGAGACAAUUCAUAGUGGGCAAGCAGAGACCUGCGGAUGGAUUGCCACUACGAGAAUGGCAAGUAGAUCUAUGGAUCCUGACCCUGGAUGGAUUAGAAUUACCGGCUAAUGUAUUCGAGAAAUGUACAUACCGACUGCAUCCUACAUUUCCACAGCCAAUUCAAAUCAAGACCGAACCACCAUUUACCGUGAAGGAGCGUGGAUGGGGGGAGUUCUCAUAUCCGAUUCAGUGUUCAUUUUUGCAGGGUGGUGGCGAGGUCGAAUUCUUACACGAUUUGUCAUUUCAAGAAAGCACUUAUCACAGCGAUGUCCCUAUCAAGGUGCCCAUUCAUAUUCCGGAUCUUCGCAAAGCGCUCGAAAUCAGCGGGGCAGUACUGUCGACGACAGAUGCUUUGAUGACAGAAUCAACUUGCUUGCCCAAGAUUGACAGAAGCAUAAAAAAACUGGUCGCAGGCGAUGAGGAUUUAGCUACGGACGUGAUGAACAAAAUUCUUCAUCACCCGGCAAUUUCUAGAGAAAUUGAGAAGCUUCCACUCGAGGAACAAUUUGUUUUUGAUUUGCGGCAGCUCCCGUCUUGUCUAUUGGAAGAGGUGAUACAUUUUAUUGAUCAAAGUGAGCAGUGA